UUUCCUCUACAAUUUCCAUCCCCCACCCCAACCCCCCACGUCAACUUUUUCCUCUCUCUUUCCUCCACUUGCUCUCUUUUCCUAGUUCCUCACACGGUUUGUCUUUACAUCACUAAAUCCAAAAACAAACAAAAAACACAACUUGACACAUCUUGCUUUCUUCUCUCCUUUCUUCUUUCUCUUUUAUUUCUCACACACCAUAGAUAUAUUCUUCUGAAUACUAAGCUACCAUUAAUUACGAGUUCUAUAUAUAUCAUUCUUCUGAAUAGCAAGAUAUCAUUACGAGCUCAAUAUAUACGGCGUAAUUAUGGCUACUCUUCAAUCAGAUCAACACAAACAGCUAAAGGAAAUAUUCACGCGAUUUGAUCUUGAUCGUGAUGGCAGCCUCACUCAGCUAGAGUUAGCCGCUCUCCUCCGUUCACUAGGCCUCAAACCCACAGGAGAUCAAAUCCACAUAUUGUUAGCCAACAUGGACAACAAUGGCAACGGAUUCAUUGAAUUCGACGAACUCGUAAAUGCCAUAUUGCCUGACAUGAACGCUGAAAUCUUGAUAAAUCAAGAACAACUCAUGGAGGUUUUCCGAUCGUUCGAUCGUGACGGUAACGGCUACAUCACGGCGGCUGAGCUGGCUGGAUCAAUGGCUAAAAUGGGACGUCCGUUAACGUACAAAGAGUUGUCUGAUAUGAUGCAAGAAGCUGAUACGAAUGGGGAUGGUGUUAUUAGUUUCAACGAGUUUGCUAAUAUUAUGGGAAGAUCUGCAGCUGACGUUCUUGGUUUAACUGUCUCCUAAUUAAAUGGUGGUUUAUUUAAUUACCGGUAUAUUAGAGCGGUUUUCCGGUAUGUUAAUUAUAAUGUGGCUUUUUUGGUCAUUUUCAUCUGACAUGGUAUCACUAAUUAACGUUAAAAGUUGUUGGUUGAUCCGUUUGUAGAAGGUGAUUUUGAUAGUUUUAGACUCGGUCCAAUUGAUGACCUUUGUGGUGUGUUAUUGUAUUUUCUGCAUUCAUUUUUUCUUUGCGUCUUCUUCUUACUUUCUUUUAGGAGGUCAGAUUAUUGGACCCAUUAUGUGUAAUGACCAAGGUUUGUAGACAAGAAUUUGACAAUAUCAAAGUAUUUAGAGGUUAUGCAUGGGAGCCUCAUCAAUUAAUGUAUAUGAUUAAAAAAGAUACUCAAAAUUUAUCUUUUUAA